AUGGCUAGAAAGAGGACUGAAAGUGCAACAGAGUCCUCAAAAGAGACCAAAACGAGAGGAAAAUUCACCAGAGCUAAGAAAUGUAUGAAGACAACAUCUAAAAAGUUUCAUGAAUCUGGAAAACAUAAUAGUGGAAAAGAGGAGAAAUCCCCUUCUAAAUCUCCGUCUUCUCAUGAUCAAAAGUUGAUACAUACCAAAGAUGGAGCUCAAGAAGUACCUUGCUUCGAUGUCGAUUCGGGUAAAGAGGUUCGGCUUUCAGGAAAAAUGAAGUUACAGCUCUUUCCCUUGGAUGCUUGUACUCGCAAAGGAUUAGAAAAGGACGGCUUUCACCCAUAUUUGGAACUCACUCUUAGCUCACGUAAGAAGGUUUCUUCAGUGCUUCAACACAUUAAUAGUAAGUGGGGCAACUCAGAGAUAGCCCGGGUAGAUCCUGCAUUGUACCCAUAUGAUAAAUCGGUACACGGUUUUGGUCAUAAAUGGAUUGCAAACAGCAGCACCACUACAGGGGAUAUCUAUGCAGCUCUGGGAUCUCCACCCGUUUUCCGCUUACGGUAUGGGUGGUCCUCUGAGACUGAUAAUAAAACCGAUGAACGGCCAUCUCCAUCAACUCCGAGUAUCACUGGCUUCCCACAUGAAGAACCUCAGAACAUCACUAGUAACAGAAUAGAGAGUGCUGGUUGUACAGGAAAUCAAGUGAAUGAUUGUCCCUCCUCAGAAAACACACCUCCUGAACAAGUAAAGUCCAUGGAGAAUAAAACAAACGAUGGAUCUGGCCCGACAUUGUUUUCAUGGGAUGAUGGAUUAACAAGCCUGAGUAUUGGCGGGUUGCUUUCAGAAGUAUCGUUGAAGGGGAAAUUUGGGGAUCAUUGUAAAAAUUCAAACACUGGGAACGCAAACGCAACUCUCUGGGACGACGGUCUUACAAAUAUAAGCAUUGGAGGUCUGUUUUCCGAGGCAUCCUUACAACACAGAAUCGAUAUUAGCCGUGAACAAGAACCAGCUCAUACUAAGAAUAAUGAUCAGCUAAGUGUAAGCUUUGGAGGGUUACUUUCUGAAGCAUCAUCACUCGGAGAGGGAAAGUUCAGUGACUGCAACAAAACAUGGGAGUCAAAGAGAGCUAUCACACAAAAACCAUUACCUCUAAUCUCUGAUUCUCUAGAUGCUUUCCUCGUGAACCGAACAGAUCAGCCUCAAGCUCCCUGUCCUGCUCCUCCUACUCCUGAGCCGGCACAUUCGUCUAUACUCGAUGCAGAAGAUACAUGCCAUGCAUUUUCCUUUCGAAAGCGUACUACAACCUCUCAGCCGGUUCUUGAGCAGGUUACUGGAGAAUCUGAGGAGCAACAGAAAGAUGAAUCAAAACCCGGAAAACCUUUGUUUGGUUCUGGUUCCACGGUGUUUAAUCAGGACAGCAGCCUCGGAUUUUCAGGAAUUAAGUGGGCUGACUCAAGGGGACCAUUUGAUUUCGGCUUAUCUUCGUCUCAAAAGUUUACUUAUGGAGACAGCGUAAGCUUCGGUGCUGUGGUAAAAGAAUUGCAGGAAAUGGAGCCUUUAGAAGAAAAGAAAAUAAAGCUUCAAAAUGAUGAACAAUGA